ACGGGAUGAUCAACUACAUCUUGGGCGUGGAGUGGCGGGACAACAUCAGAUACAAGUUAAUACAGGAAGAGACGGGAAAAUCCCAGGCUGAGAGCCAGACUUCCUCCAUCACUGCCUACCAUCUCCACCACCAGGUAGGGUUUAACAUCGACUGCUCUCUGACUAUCAUCGACACGCCAGGAUUUGGGGACACCAGGGGCAUCAGCCAGGAUCAACAGAUCAUUGACCAAAUCCGCACGUUCUUCACUUCCCCACAGGGCAUUGAUCAGAUCGACGCGGUCUGUUUCGUCGUCCAAGCCUCUCUGGCUCGCCUGACCCCGACACAGAAAUAUGUCUUCGAUUCCAUCCUUUCCAUUUUUGGCAAAGAUAUCGCGGAGAACAUUCAGAUAAUGGUGACAUUCGCGGACGGGCAGCGCCCCCCAGUUCUGGAGGCACUGAAAGCCGACAAGGUACCCUGCCCCAAAGACAAAAACGGAUUGUCAGUUCACUUCAAGUUUAACAAUUCUGCCAUUUUUGCCCAGCGUCCGACCUCUGGUGACGAGGGGAGAUCUGACGACAGUGGGGAAGAGGAUGAUGACUUUGACCAGAUGUUGUGGAAGAUGGGGUCAAACAGUAUGAAGAAGUUCUUCGCAGCUCUGAGCAUGAUGCAGGCGAGGAGCCUGCUCCUGACCAGAGAGGUUCUGAAGGAACGUAGCCAGCUGGAGUCUGUAGUGGCCGGGUUGCAGCCUCUGAUCCAAGCAGGGCUGACCAAAUUAGAGGAGCUCAAGAAAACCCAACAAGUUCUGAACCAAAAUCAGUCCAAACUGGAGGAAAAUAAAUACUUUGAGCACGAGGUCGAUGUGACUGUUAAAGAAAAGAGGAAACUUGGCAGCGAUGAUUCAUUAGUAAACAACUGUACGGUUUGUGAAUACAGUUGUCACGACCCCUGUAUGUAUGCAGGUUAUAUUUUGAAAUACUGGUGUUCAUCAAUGGACUGGCGGGGAAAUUGUGUAGUCUGUCCGGGGAAGUGUGCCUCACAAAAUCACGUGAGGGAAAAGUACAGGUAUGUCUGUGUAACAAAAAAGGAGAAAAAGACGUACAUUAAACUGAAGGAAAAGUAUGAGAAGGCAUACGGUGAGAAGAUGAGUCUGCAGAAGAUUAUGGAGAAACUUGAGCAGGAGUUUGCUGAGGUGGGGAACACAGUUCUGGAGCUGAUUCAAGAAUUAUCCCAGGGCAUUAGACGACUUGAAGAAAUAGCCCUGAGACCAAACCCGUUGUCCACCCCGGCUUACAUUGACCUCCUGAUUCAGGCUGAGAAAAAGGAGGGGAAGCCCGGCUUCAUUGAGCGAAUUCAGGCACUGACCGCUUUGAAGAAGAAGGCAGAGGUCAGAGAACAAAUCGCGAACAACGAGAAGCUGUUACCAGAGUGUUCGAAGGCAGGUGCGGCGGGAGGGAAAAGUACUGGCGAAAUGUUAAAGAAAAAAUUUUCAAACGUGAUGAACUGGUUCUCUUCCAAUUAGUAACUGCGAAACAUUCCAGCUGUUUUCCAGUGUGUCUCAUUCAACCGAUACACAAAUCCUCAUUCUAAUUCCUCGUCCUUCCCCUCCCCCAUCUGCCCAUUGCCUUUCACACCGAACCUUCCUUCCUCGAAGCUGCCUCCUUCUCAACAUAUUCCCAUAGGCCCCUUAUCCCAGGAAGGCUUUGCUGGCAAUAGAGAGGGUCCAGAGGAGGUUUACUAGAAUGAUCCCAGGAAUGAGUGGGUUAACAUAUGAUGAGCAUUUGACGGCACUGGGCCUGUACUCACUGGAGUUUAGAAGGAUGAAGAGGGACCUUAUAGGAACUUACCAAAGCGUGAAAGGCCUGGAUGUGGAGAGGAUGUUGCCACUAGUGGGAGAGUCUAGGACCAGCGGUCACAGCCUCAGAAUUAAAGGACUUUUUUUAAGAAGAUGAGGAGGAAUUUCUUUCAUCAGAGGGUGGAAUUCAUUGCCACAGACAGUUGUGGAGACCAAGUCGAUGGAUAUUUUAAAGGCAGAGAUAGAUAGAUUCUUUGAUUAGUACGGGUGUCGGGUUAUGGGGAGAAGGCACGAGAAUAGGGUUUGGGAGGGAGAGGUAGGUCAGCCAUGAUUGAAUGGUGGAGUAGAAAUCUACGUUUUAAAAAUGUCCAUUGACUUGGCAAUGAAUUCCACAGAUUCACCAGCCAUCCAACAUUCAUCCUUGUCUCUUUUCUAAAGGAACGUCCUUUUAUUCUGAGGUUCUGGCCUCUGAUCCUAGACUUUCCCACUAGUGGAAACAUCCUCUCCACAUCCACUCAAUCCAGGCCUUUCACUGAUUCGGUAAGUUCCAAUGAAAUCUCCCCGCAUCCUGCUAAAUUCCAGCGAGUACAGGCCCAGUGCCAUCAAACGCUCAUCAUAGGUUAACCCACUCAUUCCUGGGAUCAUUCUCGUAAACCACCUCUGGGCCCUCUCCAGCACCAGCACAUUCCUCUUCAGGCAUGAGUGUUAGGUAUGACUCUAUCUGCUAAGGCGAUAAUUGCUCGCAAUUAUCCAAAUGUGGUUUCACCAGCACCAUAUAAAGCCUCAUCAUUACAUCCCUGUUUUUGUAUUCUAGUCCUCUAGAAACAAAUGCUUCUCCAAACAAAGCUCUUCCCUCUGUGCAAGUGUACAGCAGUCCUGUGUAUCAGCUUUAUUCCCCAUACCUUCUCUACGAUUGACUUUAGGUUCAGAGGCCUGGAAUUACCUGGUUUAUCCCCGCUGCCCUUCUUGAAUAAAGGGACCACAUUUGCUGUCCUCCUGAUUUCUUGCACUUCAGUCGUCAAAGUGAACAAUAAGAAUCUCUGCCAGACUCAAAGCAAUCUCCUCCCAUGGUAGUCUGGGCUACAUCCAUCGUAAAUCUCCUCCAAGAUAUAUAAUAUUUCCUUUUUAAUGGUAACAUGUUCUAAGGUUCAAGAAAUGCAAUUUCCUUCCCUUCAGUAAAUACAGAGCAGAGGUCAGAGUGAGGCCCAGCGCAAAUUGGCAGAACAGUACCUCAUAUUUCACUUGGGCAGCUUAUAACAGCGGUAUGAAUUUUGACUUCUCUAAUUUCAAGUAAUCCUUGAUUACCCUCUCUUUCCAUCCCUCCCUCUUCCCAGUUCUCCCACCAGUCUGACCGACCCCGUAUCUGUUUGUUUUGUUGGCACCAUCUCCUAGCUAACAAUGAUCUAUUCAGUCUGAAGAAACAUCACCCAUUCCUCGUCUCGAGAGAUGCUGCCUGACCUGCUGAGUUACUCCAGCUUUUUGUGUCUAUCUUCGGUGUAAACCCGCAUCUACAGUUCCUUUCUAUACAGUGUAGAGGUACUGAUUUCAGACUUCACCUAAACCUGUGGUACCACAUAGAGAUGGUUCCCGAAUGGGUCCUAUCCUUUUACUGGUUACACAUAAAAUGCUUUGGACCAGUAUUUCAUAUUGUCUGCUAGUGAUACUUUUAUGUCCCUCUUUGCACUUAUAAUCAAUUUUUAAUUACCGCUCUAUACCUCUAACACCAGAAGUAUUCACACUGGGUGGUACAGUGCCACAGCGGUAGAGUUGCUGCCUCACAGCGCUAGAGACUAGGGUUCGAUCCUGACUACGGGUGCUGUCUGUGCGGAGUUUGCACGUUCUCCUCGUGACCUGCAAGGGAUUUCUCCAGGGUCUCCGGAUUCCUCCCACACUCCAAAGACAUACAGGUUUGAAGGUUAAUUGGCUGCUAUCAAUGUAAAUUGUCCCUCGUGUGCGUAAGAUAGCGUUAGUGUGCGGGUAUCGCUGGUCGGCGCGGUCUCAGUGGGCCGAAGGGCCUGUUUCCCUGCUGUAUCUCUAAACUAAAACUAAACUACAUCUUGUGGUUUUACAUAGAGAUUGGUCCCCAAUGGGUCUUAUCCCUUUACUGGAUCAACAUAAAAUACUUUGGACCUGUUCUUAAUCUUGUCUGCCAGUAUUACUUUGUAUUGCUCUACUUCUAAUACAAUUUUAUCCCCUUUUACUUCUAAAUACUUCCCCCUUGUAAUUCAAUUCUAAAUAACUUUUCUCUACCAAAACCAAUAGGUAGCAAUGUUACAAAAUUUUGAGAUUUAAAAAAUCAAGUCUGCAAUUUAUCCCAUCAGAUAAAGCAUAAAAAGAAGUUUAAUUUGACACCUAAUUCACUUUCAUAUCUCAAGUAUUUAAAAAGUUAUGGCCAUUUUCAUACUCGGAAAUUAGCAUCUUGUUCCCUAUUGAUUUUCUAUGGACAUAACAAAAAAGCUGUGAUCGUGGACAGUCAAAAGCCCAUAACUUUCUUAAAAAAUAAGAGAACUGAAUGAAAUUUCCAGUUAUCAUAGAUUGAACCAUUCUGAAACAAAUAUAAAAUAAUCUUACUUGGAUGACCUGAAAUUAAAGCAUAUAAUUAGUUAGUUACCCAAUUGUAGCUAAUUUCAAACUUCAAUUACUAGAUCUAAACAUCUAUCCUUUUCUUAAUAAAUGAUUAACAUUUUUAAAUAGCCCAAGUGUCCAAAUAAUAUUCACAAAUAAUUCACAAUAAAACAUGAUUUUUAAAAUCUGAUUUACAUUAAUUUAUAAGCCAAAUGGAAGGAAUUUAGUGUUCAAUUGCUGUAAAUAAAUGCCCAUUUAAAUCAGCUUUCAAGUCUGAUCCUGUGGAACGAGCUGGUUUAGAACGUUCACAUUGCGGUGGAUUUGUGCCCCCAAAUGCCGAGAAAAAUACUGCGGGAUAUAAUGGGCCCAAAAUAUUAAACUUUGUAUAAAGGGAUCUUAAGAAGCCCUUUUUAAUGUAAAAAUAAACAACUUACCUUCUGUUGUCUGCUGUAUGAGACCCUGCCGGUAGCCAGUGGUUGCAGGUUUAGAGGUUAAUUUUUAAACUACUAUACCAAUUAUAUAAAGCCUUUUAUAACUAAUAAUAGCUGAAGCGACGGGGUCUUCCUGCGAUUUUUCAUUAAUAAUUAACUAGGCUGAACAUCCUCGAUUGGAACAGCCUAGAGAAAAUUGCGUUUUAAACCCGCCCCCUCUAAACGGCGCCAAAACGCGCACACCCGCAGCGACAGAUUUUCAGCUACUCUUCAGGUAGGCUUUGCAACAUACCUACAAUAGGAUAAAUGGCAGACAUCGGUAGUGUGAGAACAAUUAUAUCUCACCUGAACCAGACAUUAUUCUUUCUGAAGCCACAAAGAUUCCACCAAGUAGCGCCUUUCCUUCUUUGUGUUUUAAUUGUAUGUGUUAAAUGUAUGUUUUUAGUGUUCUUUAGUUUGUUUCAUGGGGGGGGGGGACUUUUUCUAGUCUCUUACCUCGACGGGGAUACGAUUAUGUUCCAUAUCGUAUCUCCGUUCACAUACUAACACCGAGGAGUUGGCGGCCUUUGCUGGAGACCAAAUUUGAGUGCUCCUACUGUGGUCGCCUACGGGGCUUUCACAUCGCAGAGCCCGCGUUCCCUUUGCCAUCCAACCGUGGGUGUUUGCAGACUUAACAUAACGGAGCUCGCGGUCUCUGGUCAGAGACUGACCUGCGGGAACUCAACGCUGCAGGACGUUCGACCGCCCCAACACAAGGGCUUCGACCGCCGGCUACAGGAGUUUCGAUC